AUGACACACUCCACUGGGAUAAUCCCAACAGAUGACCAAAUUCCACUUAUUCCUCAAAUUAAUAAAGAUAAGAUCAUAAAGGGAAGAAUUGAUGAAAUGUUUGAGGAUUUAAAUAAUUCUUCUAUUAAAUCCCAUACCAUAUUCAAAGUAAAUGUGAGUUUACGUGAAUCCAAUCCAGAAGCUUAUGCACCAAAGAUGAUCUCUAUCGGUCCUUACCAUAAGAACAAUCCUCAACUUCGUUCAAUGGAAAAGUACAAACUAUUGUACUUACAGCGGUUUCUUGAACGGAAAAAAGAGCUUGACGUGAAAAGUUACAUCAGUGAAUUACAAAAACUGAAGGCGAAAGCACUAAAGAGUUACGAUGAUAUAGACAACCCCAAUAAUGAUAGUAAUGAAUUUUGCGAAAUGUUAUUGCUUGAUGGUUGUUUUGUGGUUGAGUUUAUUCGAGAGCGUUCUGAAAUAUAUCCAAAAGAAGAAGAGGAAAUUAUCAAAAGUAACAUUGGUUGCAUACGUAAUCAAAUAGUCCGAGACUUGAUGUUACUAGAAAACCAACUUCCUUUCUUCAUCCUCAACAAACUUCAUGACAUGACAAAGCAAGAAGAUGAAUCACCAUUGGCAAUACAGGCGGUGCUUUCGUUUACCUUUUUUGUUGACUUGGACAAAGUGACUGGUGAAUCCUUAAUAAAGGUAGCACAUAACGCAGUAGAUAUCAAACAUUUACUUCAUGCAGUACACAUACUUUCAUGUCAUGGAAACCCCACGAAAAACUCAUUCGAUGACACAACGUGUCAUACGGUCAUGCCAAAUGCAACGGAGCUUUCCGAAGCUGGAGUUAGUUUUGCAAAGGUCAAAAAUAAUAGUUAUAUGACAAGUUUGUUUAAUAUAAAGUUCAAGGAUGGAUUGAUGACAAUCCCUUGUUUUCAAGUCAUAGAAGAGACAGAAUCCUUCCUGCGAAAUCUCAUUGCUUAUGAACAGCAAUCAUGUGAGGUACAACCAAAAUAUUUCAGUGAUUUUGCAGUUUUCAUGGAUUAUCUUAUCGACUCAGACAAAGAUGUGAAUUUGCUUCGCCAAAAAGGAAUCAUAAAGCACUGGAUGGGAGAGGACAAAGACGUGUCUAGCUUCUUCAACAAAAUCGGAAAAGGGGUCACUAGGUAUUCCACCUUUUAUUAUGAAGAAGAAUGCUUAAGCGCAUCUCAACAUUGUAAAAAAAAAACGAACAGGUUGAUAGCAAAUUUGAUGCGCAAUUAUUGUAGUGGUCCUUGGGUAGGAGCGUCAACUGCGGCAGCCAUCAUACUCCUCCUACUCACAGCUAUACAGACUAUUCUAGCUAUCAUAAGUGCCUUUAAAGUGUAUACAACUCGUUUUCUGGACUUUGGGGACUUAUAUUUCCACAUUCCACCUGUAUUUCGCCUCCAAGGACCUGUUCGCCAGCUUCUCUAUGAUCCAAAUGAAAGAGGGGUUGACUCGAUGAGGAAGACUUAA